AUGAAUAUUUUUAUGAGGCGCCUUGCACCAGAGAUGGGCCAGGACCAAACCAAGCAGCAGAUAGAGAAGGGCCUGAAGCUGUAUCAGUCCAACCAGACGGACAAAGCCCUGCAUGUGUGGACUAAAGUGCUGGAGAAGACCUCGGAUCCUGGAGGGAAGUUCCGGGUGCUGGGCUGCCUGAUCACAGCCCACUCCGAGAUGGGGAAAUAUAAAGAUAUGCUCAAGUAUGCCCUGGAUCAGAUCGACACUGCCAGAGAGAUGGAGGACCCGGACUACCUGACGGAGGGCUACCUGAAUCUGGCCCGCAGCAACGAGAAGCUGUGCGACUUCCAGAAAACCGUCUCGUACUGUAAGACCUGCUUGAACAUGCAGGGCACCACCGUCAGUCUGCAGCUGAACGGACAGGUGUGCCUGAGCAUGGGCAACGCCUUCCUGGGCCUCAGCGUCUUCCAGAAAGCUCUGGAGAGCUACGAGAAGGCCCUGCGCUACGCACACAACAACGACGACAAGAUGCUGGAAUGCAGAGUCUGCUGCAGUCUGGGGAACAUCUACGUGCACCUGAAGGACUAUGAGAAAGCUCUCUUCUUCCCCUGCAAAGCAGCCGAGCUGGUCAACGACUACGGGAAGGGCUGGAGCCUCAAGUAUCGAGCCAUGAGCCAGUACCACAUGUCGGUCGCCUACAGGAAACUGGAGCGCCUGCCAGAUGCCAUGGAGUGCUGUGAGGAGUCGAUGAAGAUCGCUCUGCAGCACGGCGACCGUCCUCUUCAGGCUCUGUGCUUAGUGAACUUUGCAGACAUACACCGCUGCAGGCAGGACUCUGAUAAAGCAUUCCCUCGCUACGAGUCUGCACUGGGCAUCAUGACUGAGAUCGGAAACCGUCUGGGACAAGCACACGUUUAUCUGGGAGUCGCAAAGUGUUGGCUUCUGCAGAAGGAAUUUGACAAGGCUCUUGAUUCUUUGCAGCGAUCUCAGGAGCUAGCUGACGGAAUGGGAAACAAGCUGUGCACACUGAAGGUUCACUGCCUGAGCGAGGGCAUUCAUCGGAGCCGGGGGCAGGAGGAGAAGCUCCGGGAGCAGGUGGUGAAGUUCCUGCAGUGCGUGGAGGAGCUGGAGCUCUACUGUGGCAUGUGUGGAGAGUCCAUCGGGGACAGGGACCAAAAGCUGCAGUCCUUGCCCUGCUCCCACAUUUUCCAUCUCAAGUGUCUGCAGACAAACGGAACGAAAGGUUGCCCUAAAUGUUUCAAGUCGUCCAUGAAGCCUGGAUUUGUUUGA